CUUUGAUGUGACAUGUCUAUCUAAUUAUUGUUCAAUUUUUAUUGUAUUGAUAUAUUUUUAGCUAAUUUUAUGUUUUAUAUUCUUUACUUUUUAUCUGCAAAAGUGAUUGGUAUGACCCAUUCACUUGGUUUGACAUUAUUCAUGGAACUUUAUUUACAUUGUAAUGUGCAUAGAUUUUCAUGGGCCCAAAAGAAAGAAUGAAGCCAAAAACCUAGAUAAAAUAUUGACAUGUAUUUCUCUAGAGAAUAUGGUCUGUUGCACAUUGACGUUGCUGAAGGAUCAAGAAACCUUUUAAUCUUGUUUAGUGUGCCCUAUAUUGCUUAAUUAAAGAUAUUGUGAUAAUAUAAUUAUCAUACAAAUUAAAAUGAUGUUGAAUCCUACAAUGGCAAGGUUGUUUACAGAAGGUCUUCCAGUAACCGACUUCUAGGUCGCAAAGGAGAUCCGAAGCCAAGUUGUUACCUUGUUUGAGAUCAAUCACUAAUAGGAUAACCAGUCUGAAUUUGGUGAUUCUGAGCCUUCGGAGACUCCAAGACACAGUCAUGAAGUGAUUUGCAAUUCGAGAAAUGAUAGUUUCAAUAGUCCUGUCCAGAAACACAAGAAAUUUCAUGAGCUCAUUGAAGCAUAAAAACAUCACUCCUCUGCUUGGGAUUUGUGUUGAAGACAAUGAACUAAUAUCUGUUUAUGAUUUCUUGUCUGGAGGAAAUCUAGAAGAAAACCUACAUGGCCUACUUAAGGAUGGAUGGGAAAUUUAUGCUAAUUGGUUGAUCUCUGAGAUAGGUAAUAGCAAAGAAACAUCUGUAUUGUCAUGGGAAUUGAGAUUCAAACCAGCUGUUGAAAUUGUUGAAGCCCUAAAUUACUUGCACAAUGAAUGUUCUCGGCCAGUCAUUCACAGAGAUGUCAAGUCUUCAAACAUUCUUCUCUCUAAUGAGUUUGAACCGAAGGCGGUAGUUAUGACAGUUGAAAAUCUAUACAAAUGUUUCAAUCCCCAAUGUAUUUGCUUCAGGUGUUAUAGGAUUGACUGCUGCUUCAUUUUGUUACUUGCAAUUCCUUCCACCCCAUAUGACAUGGAUGGCACCUAGUCAAGGAAGGGUCGCCGAUCCAAAUAUUAUGAAAUACACUGUGAAAGUUUUACCUGUGAGUGUUUUUGAAGCUUAAUUAUAAUUUGAUUGUAUCAACUUAAUUAAUGUGCUUAUACAUUUGCAUCACUUUUGCUCUCCAAAAAUUCAGUUUGUUGAUCUAUCAAUUUUCUAUUUUUAUUU